AUGGACGCACCCAAGAUUACCCCUGCCAGCGCCCAAUUGCUGGACCAAACCAAAAACGAGGGGAACAAACUGUUCCGGAGCAAGAAGUAUGAAGAGGCUCUAGGUGUUUACCUGGGCGCCGUUGCGCAGAUUUGUGGUGAGCCAGUCGAUUCCACGAAGGUUCGAAACUGCGUCCAGUUUUUUCGCGAAAGGGGGGAAAAAAAGGAGGUGGACGUCCCCGAGGGUACCAACGGAGAUCAUCCCCCCAACCUCAACCAGCACGUGAAAGACCUCUUCACGAAAAUAUGCCACAAUGUGUCCUUAUGUUACUACUUCCUGGACCGACUGGAAGAGGCAAUUGAUUACUCCUCGUAUGUAAGCGAGAUGGAUAAGAAACACUACAAGAGUUACCACACCUUGGGCCUCUGCUACGAGAAGUUAAAGAAUUACAAAAAAUGCAUAGAAUCUUUUGAGCGUUGCAAGAUGGUCCUCUUGAAGGAGGUCGGUUCUGGCACUUCCAAUGACGCUUCCCCCCGCGGUAGUGCUGAUCUGCGAAACGAAGUGAACCGAAUCAAUGACAAGCUGAAGAGGUUAAUCAGAGAAAUGGAAGAAUCAAAGCAUCAGAAAGAGGGGGUAGGUAUCACCAUUGAUAUGAUUAAGAAGACCAUUCUUGAUGAUGCCAGCACGGAAGAAGAGAAAGUAAAAAUGAUCUAUACCAUUUAUAAGCAUAAAAUACACACCCUCUUGAGGGAAAAUAUUUUCCAUUUUUUCUCCCAAGUGUUGAAUCGUGGGGAGAAGAACCCCCUAUCCAUUGAGAAGGCAUGUCUCCACGUCAUGUACAAAUUGGUGUCUAAAAUGGAAAGAGAUGCAGAGGAAACGUCAAGAAGUAGCAACGUCUGCAUCAACAAGGUCAGUGACAUGAAGCUGGACUAUUACUACGACGUCCAUUUCGUGAAAACCAUUUUGUCUUUCCAUGAGUCCUUCGAUGAGCAGUGGAUAAACAGCUAUAUAAAGGGUAAGAUCAAUCAGAUGGAAAUUCUCAAAUUUGAUAAGAACAAACAGAGCUACCAACUUGUGAAGGAUAUUCUCAUCUUUACCAUCCACAUCGUCAAGUACAUCCAUGUAGUGACAAAUGGAAAAGUCAUAAAAAUGCUCAAUGUGUAUUUUCUCUCUAAUGACGACGUAGACAUGGCUAGCAGUGCACUGGAUGCAAUCAUUUUCCUCUGCAAAAAAAAAAAAUUCUUUAUACAGAGGAGAAACACAAAUAGGGGAAAAAGUUCAGUCUCCUUUUUACACACCUUAAGGGAAGAUGGCAACGUGGAUACCCAGCACUAUUUGAUUGAAGCCCACUUUGGCGACGUCUGCAAGCACCCCCUCUGUGCCAGCCUAGAAAUUAAGACAACGAUUCAGCAGUGCAUAAGUAUGCAUGAGAAUUUCGCCAGUGACGUGGAGUACGCCAUAAUACUUAUCUUCUCUCUUCUGCAUGAUAAAAAUAGACCGAGCGAAAAGGACACCGAAAUGAAUGACCUGAUCUAUGAGUGCAUUGAUUUGUAUUUCAAACCAGAGGAUAUUGGCCUGGAGUGGUUCCUAUCCGUUAAGUGUCUCUUCCUGGUAGACAAAAGUAUUGUUCUUAACUACCUAAUCGGAAAAAAUCAAUACAUGUGUGAUAUACUUAGCUUUAUUAAUAACUCCGUGGGAAGGAAACCAAAGAAAGAUGUCUCCCUUUUCAUCGACGUUCUGCUUCUACUUCUGAACAUCCCAGAGCUGCGUUUCAUGCUAAACAGCUACAUCGAUGUGUACAUUACCAUUUUGAGGAGCCUUCCCUAUGACGAGAAUUUUUUAAAGUUCCUCGUGGGCUCCUUCAAACUGUAUAUGCACAGCGAAGAGUUCAAAGAAGAAAUUUCCAAAAGAGUCGACUUGUUUUCCUACGCCAAGGAGUUGUUGAAGCGCUUCCUUCUGCGGUGUGAUGGGCAAAUGAGCAAACUACCUGAGGAUGGGCCCACUCAGAAGGACCCCCCAACCCGUCUGCUGAAGCGAGAGUUUCUUGAGUCAUCGGAGCAGCCCUCCGACGCCGCAAACACUGAAAACACCGAAAACACCGCAAACACCUCGCACAGUGGCAGAAAGAACUGCGAACUCGUGAGCAAAAUGGCGAAGGAACAAACGAGCGUUUCCUCGCAUGGCAGCACAGAUUACGACGAAAACGCGCUGAAGAAUCUCAUCGAAAUGGUCUUCUACCUCAGCCUGCACAUCGAAUUUAAAAAGCAGCUCCUUGAGAAGGACAACCACUACAUCCUCUUCUUCCUCAUCAAAGUGGGAGAUGAUAUAAACCAGAAGAAGCUAGACAACACGUACAAAUACCUAUACUGCAACACCAUUAACAAUUUAAUAUUAACAAGAAAAGAUGAAAAGAUCAGGCGAAGAGAAAUUAACAAAACCAAUUUAUCCAACUUCGACUCGGAGCAAAUUGAAGCCCUGGAACAAUUUUACGAGAAGUUACCCACAGCAGCCAAACCGAAGACGGACCCCCUGUAUGACUAUGGAGAUGAAGAAACGAGUAAUCGGCUAAUUAACUUAUUGUUGUAUAAUGAGAACUAUGCGCUGAAGGUGAAAGAAAAAGGGGGGGAAGAAGGCAUCCUACUCAAAGGGGCCGAAGGAGUCAUCCUUCCCAAAUGGGGCAAGUACAAAAAUGGCGCAAUCGUUAACAUCAUAUAUAAUUUUAUUAACACCAAUUUUUUUACCACCAACAUAGCCGAAGCUGUGUGUGGCAUCAUUUCCAAGCUUGUCAAAGAUACAAAAAAUAUUGGCCUCGUACUUGUAAACAAUGGAUUGAAGACCCUCCUCCUGGCGUCCAAACAUAUUGCUAAUAAAAAAAACUGUGCCUUAGCUUUGAGCGAAAUUUUUAUUUACACAAACCCUAAGUUGAUUCAGUUUUACGAGGCAUAUGAUUCACUCCCAUUGCUGAUUCAGGAACUGGCUAACGAAGAAGAGCUGGUUGUGUUCAAGUCCUUAAUGGCCAUAACGAAUAUAUUGACCAUUGACGAGAACGUAGCCAUCAAAGCCAUGCAACUGAAUUUGUGGAACAAGUGCUUCGAUAUCCUCGUAUCGGAAAAUGAGUCCAUUCGGUCGUCCAGCUUAGAGUGCAUAUGCAACUUAUGUUCUCAGCCCCACGUCCAUCAGUAUGUGUAUGAUAAAUAUAAAAAAAUUUCCGACAGGGAAGGAAAGGAUGAACAAAUUAAUUUCGUAGACAUACAAAUAAUGUAUUCUUUUACCAUGGAGAAGGAAAAUUACAAGGCCGUUUAUGCUUCUACUGGGGCACUUGGUAUGUUGUCCUCUGAUUUGCGCCUCCCGACAUUUUUAACACGGACAAAGGGUUUCCACCACAUUUUUAACGCGUUUAACGAAACGAACGAUGAGCAGAUUUUACUCCGCAUUUUAACCUUUUUCAACAACGUUAUACUGGGCGAAAAUGUCCCAUCGAAUGAUGUGAAACGAGUGAGGGACGCGGUUGGCGCCAAGGGGGGCCUGAAUGGCGAAAAUGAGCAAAUUGCUCAGUUUAUUCUCCAGUGA